AUGAGUCACGAUGAUGCCCAAUUGCCUGGUACAAUGGAUGGGCAAUCCACCCCUGAACUACCAAAUUCGCCGUUGCUGAACUACGAUGCUCCGCGGAUGCAGUAUCGCAACCGACCUGUGUCCGUGGCCGUUGACCCCAUUUCGCUGGUCAUAUCCGAGUGUAUAUCAAUAACUUCUGCAGUCCAAAAGUAUGCCAGAUCGCCGCAUUCUUCUGUAUCAGCAAUUCUCGGCGGCAACCCGAAUUUAAUACAGCUUGGCACUGCCGGCCCUGUAUUGAAGACCCGACAAAAUAGAUUGGCUGCAGGCACUGGAGAUGCUGAAAACGCUGGAGACGGAGCAUCUGCGAGCAACCGAUGGGGCUUGCGUGGCCAGAAGGGAAAGAGCCUGCAAGAUAAUCCAAUGAUUGCAGCCUUUGGCAGGCUUCGACACGAGAUUACGGCAGUCAAAGAUGUUCGUACGUUUGAUGCACCGUCGUUACUGGCGCCUUUUCUUCUUGUCAUCCAAGCCAAAGGAACGGCCGCGCCUGUUACGAUUCUGGCACUUGGAGCCUUAAGAAAAUUCUUGGCAUAUGGUUUUGUUUGUUCUGAAUCGCCCAGAUUCGCACUUGCUAUGCAGUCUCUAUCCGCAGCUGUUACACAUUGUCAAUUCGACAUUAGUGAUUCAGCCCAAGGUGAAGUGGUUCUUCUUAUGAUUCUUAAUCUUAUGGAAGACAUGAUGUCCGGUCCUGGUGGUCACAUUUUAAGCGAUGAAAGUGUCUGCGACAUGAUGGGUCGUGGUCUCGCGAUUUGCUCCCAGCCAAGGUUCUCAGCAGUGCUGCGCAGAACUGCUGAGGCUGCUAUGGUUCGCAUGUGUCAAAUUAUAUUUGAAGAUAUCAAGCAUCUCGAGCUCGAACCUGGCGACGAGAAUGACGGGCUUGAGCAGCGUGUGCAGGAGGACUUGGCCCACUUAAGAAUGGAAGAGCCCAGACAGUCUGAGAGUGAAGGAAACGCCUCAAAGCCUAAGGAUUCGAACGCGCCUGAGACAGAUGCACCACUUGAUGAUGGAGGAGAAGAGGACAGGGCGUCUUCAUCUCAGAGCUUCAAGGACGUUUCGAGUGCGCAAACUGAAGACACGGAAUCUAUGGACCUCAAACCCUAUUCUUUUCCAUCUGUCCGAGAACUCUUCCGGGUUCUUGUUCACUUCCUUGAUCCGAAUGAUCGUCAACACACAGACACAAUGAGGGUGAUGGCAAUGCGAAUUCUGCACGUGGCCUUGGAAGUUUCAGGGCCGUUUAUUGCCCGGCACCCGGCACUAGCAACGAUCGCAGAAGAUCGUUUGUGCUGCUAUCUCUUUCAACUUGUCAGAUCUGACAACAUGUCUGUCCUACAGGAGUCCUUGAUUGUCACAGGUACACUGCUGGCUACAUGUAGAGGGGUGCUGAAGUUGCAACAAGAACUAUACUUGUCCUACUUGGUUGCAUGCUUGCACCCUACAGUCCAUAUUCCGCGGGAGCCAGGCAUUGAUCCUUCCCUAUACGUCGGGAUACCAGAGACACCAAAGCUUGUCAAGCCUCCACCCUCACAAGCGGGCAGCGGCCGCGCUACUCCAGUUUCUGUGAAAGAUAGACAAAAGCUUGGCUUAGAAGGCGGCGCCCGCAAGCCUGACGCAAGGCAAGCGAUGGUAGAGACCAUAGGUGUUCUGUGCCGGAUGCCAACAUUCGUUGCCGAACUGUUUGUGAAUUAUGACUGCGAUGUGGAUAGAGCGGACCUGUGCGAAGAUAUUAUCGGUUUACUCUCGCGAAAUGCGCUGCCUGAUUCAGCAACAUGGAGCACAACUAGUGUACCGCCACUGUGCCUUGACGCUCUGCUUCGUUACAUUCAGUUCUUGGCUGAGAGGCUAGAAGAAGACCCUAUCGUCGAAGGGCUUCCACAGCCAUCUCAUCUUCGGGAGCAAAGACGAAAGAAAAAGAUUAUUGUCAAAGGAACUAGCAAGUUCAAUGAGAAACCAAAGUUAGGACUCGGUUAUUUGGAGGCUCAGGAAAUUAUAUCUGAUGCCAAUAAUCCUGCCGAGGUAGCGAAAUUUCUCAAGGAAACUUCACGGGUUUCCAAAUCGGUAUUAGGUGACUAUCUUUCCAAAAGGGGUAAUGAGGCGAUCUUAAAAGCGUUUCUAGACCUCUUCGACUUUUCUGGUAAGAGAGUAGAUGAGGCAUUGAGAGUUCUUCUGGAAACAUUUAGGCUACCAGGCGAAGCACCACUUAUAGCGGCGAUCGUUGAAUGCUUUUCAGAGAAGUAUUGCGCGGACGACACACCAAAGGAUGUAGCCAACAAAGACGCCGUCUUCAUAUUGACUUACGCAAUAAUCAUCCUGAAUACCGACCAGCACAAUCCGAAUCUUAAAUCCGCCAAGAGGAUGACCUUUGAAGACUUUUCGAGAAAUCUUCGUGGUACAAAUGAUGGAAAAGACUUUGCUGUAGAGUUUCUUCAAGCAAUUUUCGACUCUAUCAAGUCUAAUGAAAUCAUCUUGCCAGACGAGCACGAUAACAAGCAUGCUUUCGACUAUGCAUGGAGAGAACUCUUACUGAAAACUGAAACAGCGGGGAACCUGGUUAUAUGCAAUACGAACAUAUACGAUGCUGAUAUGUUUGACGCUACAUGGAGGCCGAUCGUUUCAACGUUGUCAUAUGUUUUCAUGUCUGCGACUGAUGAUGCGGUCUUCGCUAGAAUCGUCACUGGCUUCGAUGAAUGUGCCCGUAUCGCAGCCAAAUACAAAAACUCUGAUGCGCUAGAUCAAAUCAUCUACUGCCUCAGCCACAUGAGUACUCUUGCCACGGCUAGCACUUUCAAUACGUCUUUGAACACAGAGAUUGACGUUGGGGAUGGAAGUGUCAUGGUCAGUGAGUUAGCCGUCAAGCUGGGCAGGGAUUUCCGUGCACAACUAGCCACACUCGUUUUGUUUCGUGUGAUCACUGGGAAUGAGGCUCUAGUUCAUCAAGGAUGGAAACAAGUUGUACAAAUUUGGGUGAAUCUUUUUGUCAACUCAUUAAUACCAUCAUUCGCCAUCGCCAGUAAAUUCUCGCUGACGAUACAAGGGAUUCCUCUGCAAAUGCCGUCCCAGAUUAUAGACCGAGCUACGCGAACCGCUGAGACUGGAUUCUUCAGCGCUUUCACUUCUUACAUAUCCAGCUAUGCAGCUGACGACCCUCCAGAACCGUCAGAAGAAGAACUAGAGAGUACAUUAUGUACUGUCGAUUGCAUCAAGUCAUGCAAUAUGGAGCAAAUUUUCCACAAUAUAUCCAAUCUCUCUGCUCCUAUCGCUACAGAACUAGUGGAGGCGCUUCUUGAACAGAUUCCCGAGAUUGAUCAGGCGGCGGUCAUCACAGUCAAACCAGAUUCCAUCCCACCUGUGUCAGCAAAUACUCAAACUCGAGCUGCUACGCAGCCGACAUAUGAUCCUAGUGUGGCCUACAUCUUGGAAUUUUGUACAAUAUUGGCCAUUCAAACCGACGAAUUCAUUGAGUUCAUGGGCAAAACAGUGUUCGAUGUGGUGCUGGGGCUGCUUCGGGAUCCGACACAGUGGCACUUUAUUACCUUGUCCCGGGCAGUUUUUCACGCCUUGUCUAUUCUCAAGAGCAGUUAUGAUCACGACUUUGUCAAAGUGCACUCAUUGCUACAUACGAUCGCGAAUUUGCCACAGCAAGUCAUAGCAAAGUCUUCCGACACAACAUUGAGGGGGCUUGCCACUUGUACGGAAGAACCCGGACCACUCCGAAGCGAAAUUAUGAAGUCUCCUGAUUUUUGGGCCAUUCUAGGCGUGUUAGCAGGGAAUCCAGACGGUGCUGCGUCUGUAUUUGCAAUCCUGGAGAAUGGUGCAACUGGGAACCCGCCGGCUAUUGCUGCAGACAAUUACGAAGCUGCUAUCGCUCUUUUGAACUUCUUUGCAUCUGCUGCAGCUCCUGCUGAGCCGUCAGAAUUGAAUUUAGAACAGAAUCAGCGCAGAGCAUUGAGGCCUUUCCAACCUGAUAAAGAAAGUGUCGAAAGGGGAUGCAAGGCAAUUAUUGCUUUGCAACGCAUGGCUGCCCGUGUCCCACACUUGAUGCAGCAAUCGCGUCUCGAGACGAAUGAGGCGUGGUCAGCGUAUUGGCUUCCAAUUUUCCAAACACUAACAACACAGUGUACCAAUCCAUGCAGAGACAUCCGGCAACUCGCAUUCUCUACCAUGCAACGCUUGCUUCUGUCUCCGGAGGUAACGCUUACAGACGCAAAAGAAUGGACGGCCAUUUUCAGCAGGGUGUUGUUCCCCUUGAUACAGCGACUGCUCAAGCCAGAAGUCUUUUCCUCGGACAGAGACGGUAUGAGUGAGAUGCGAGUGCAGUGCGCAUCACUUCUGUGCAAAGUCUUUUUGCAAUAUCUAGUACUGCUUUCCGGAUGGGAUGGUAUGCUAGACCUGUGGGUUAAAAUUAUUGAAAUAAUGGAUCGUCUUAUGAACAGUGGUCAAGGAGACAGUUUGGAGGAAGCAGUAAGAGAGAAUUUGAAGAAUGUCGUACUUUUCAUGGCGAGUAGUGGGUAUCUUGAUCCCCAAUCAGGAGACGCAUCUAAGCAGGCGCUUUGGAGCGAGACGUGGAAGCGGGUUGAUCGAUUUCUGCCAGAGUUGCGGAGUGACCUUGCCUCGGAAGACAUUGGAACCAAGUCCAGCACAGAUAAGGUCCAAAUGGAGAAACCAGAGGAAACCACGAGGCAAGCUGGCGAAACUGCUGAUGGUCCAGGCGACGGCGAUGUGACGAAGGCAGAUGAUAAAUAG